UUUAUUGCAUUUAAUCAGUAAGUUGUAAUGGAAAAAGUAGAAUUAAGAUUCACUGUUAAAUUCAAGUCGAUAAGUAAUCUAAUCGACUUCUAUUAACUUUAACCAAAAGAGCUUGCACUCAUGUCUUUAACUUCAUUGCUUUGGUAUAUUUUUAAUAAAUAGGCUUUUUCCGUAUAGAUGCAUUUUUUUAAAAUACCAAUUUCUUUAUAGAUGUUCAAGAACAGCUUAACGAUACAACCAAUGAAGUUGAGAUGAACUACAACAAAAAUUUUAAUAAAAUAGGGUUUUUACGGUAAUCUGAUCAGAAGGUGCAUAUAGGGCGAAAUAUAUGGAUAGAUGAAGGAGUAUACAAUGGCGUAUUAAAUAAAGCCAAUAACAAACCAUCGUUAUGCGUAGACAGAAUUCUUAUAGCUGUAUUCGGGGAGACAGUUUUAAUGACAUCAACAAAAUCUGGAAAACCCAGUAAUAGAACGCUGAAAUACAAAAAUAGUGAUGAAAAAAAAAUGAGAUAAAGCAGUUAGAUCAAACAAAGUUACAAGCGUGCCAAGAUUUUUACAAUUAUUGGCUUAAAAAUGUUUGGCUUGCUCCAGAAGACGGCGACAUUUUCGAAGAAAUGCGACUUUUUGACAAGUAUGUUUCGGCAAAAACAGCUUAUUACAAAAAGCAAGGUGAAAAAGGAGACAUUACACCAAAAUCGAAGGACCAUGCUAAAAAAAAGAAAACAAAAAAACAAAAGAAAGACAAAGACGACAGUAUCCAGAAAGUGGAUGCUGAAGUAGAACUGAAUGCUAAAAAAUUAGUAAACACAGAAGCGGAAGAGGGUAGGAAAAUGCAGGAAGCGACGAAGGAUAAGGAAAAUCAAUUUGAAAACUCUGAAGUCAACCGCAGUUUACGAGAAGAAGAGAAGAUUACUGAUGAGGAUAAAGAAAGACCAUCAACAAGUUAUGAUAUAGGAAAAUUUGCUUUUAUUGCAGCCCAGCCAGACGAGGAUGAUAGUUCUGACGGCAGCACUAUUCAUCUCUCCGAAAUGGAAUCUGCAAGUGACCCAUUGAGUGAUGCAGAUUAAGAGAGACAUUUUAUACUUUAAUAUUUAUCAUUCAUUUAAUAAUAAAUGUCAUUAUUAUACUAUAGCUACGUUAUUUAAUAUUCGCAAAAAUUAUUAAAAUCAUAAUUUAAAAUAAUAAUCAUAAUUGUAAUUCAAAGGAAAUACAGAGU